AUGUGGCGCGCGGAGGGGAAAUGGCUGCCGAAAACAAGCCGGAAGAGCGUUUCCCAAAGUGUAUUCUGCGGAACUAGCACCUACUGUGUUCUCAACACCGUGCCGCCUCUAGAAGAUGAUCAUGGGAACAGCAAUAGUAGUCAUGUAAAAAUCUUUUUACCGAAAAAGCUGCUUGAAUGUCUGCCGAAAUGUUCAAGUUUACCCAAAGAGAGGCACCGUUGGAACACUAAUGAGGAGAUCGCAGCGUAUUUAAUAACCUUUGAAAAGCAUGAAGAAUGGCUCACUACGUCCCCUAAGACAAGACCGCAGAAUGGCUCCAUGAUCCUCUACAACAGGAAGAAGGUGAAGUACCGGAAGGACGGCUACUGCUGGAAGAAGAGGAAAGAUGGGAAGACGACCCGCGAGGACCACAUGAAGCUCAAGGUCCAGGGCGUGGAGUGCUUGUACGGCUGCUACGUCCACUCUUCCAUCAUCCCCACCUUCCACCGGAGGUGUUACUGGCUCCUUCAGAACCCCGACAUCGUCCUGGUGCACUAUCUCAACGUCCCAGCCAUCGAGGACUGCGGCAAGCCCUGCGGGCCCAUCCUCUGCUCCAUCAACACCGACAAGAAGGAGUGGGCCAAAUGGACCAAGGAGGAGCUCAUCGGCCAGCUGAAGCCCAUGUUCCACGGCAUCAAGUGGACCUGCAGCAACGGCAACAGCAGCUCGGGCUUCUCCGUGGAGCAGCUGGUGCAGCAGAUCCUCGACAGCCACCAGACCAAGCCGCAGCCGCGGACCCACAACUGCCUGUGCGCCGGCGGCCUGGGAGCGGGCAGCAGUGCACAUCACAAGUGCAACAGUGCCAAACACCGCAUCAUCUCGCCGAAGGUGGAGCCGCGGACGGGGGGCUACGGCGGCCACUCGGAGGUGCAGCACAAUGACGUGUCGGAGGGCAAGCAGGAGCACAGCCACGGCAAGGGCUCGGGCCGCGAGAAGAGGAACGGCAAGGUGGCCAAGCCCGUGCUGCUGCACCAGAGCAGCACCGAGGUCUCGUCCACCAACCAGGUGGAGGUGCCCGACACCACCCAGAGCUCGCCCGUGUCCAUCAGCAGCGGCCUCAACAGCGACCCCGACAUGGCCGACAGCCCCGUGGUCACCGGCGUGUCCAGCAUGGCCGUGGCCUCCGUGAUGGGGAGCCUGUCGCAGAGCGCCACGGUCUUCAUGUCCGAGGUCACCAACGAGGCCGUGUACACCAUGUCCCCCACCGCCGGCCCCAACCACCACCUCCUCUCGCCCGACGCCUCGCAGGGCCUGGUCCUGGCCAUGAGCUCCGACGGCCACAAGUUCGCCUUCCCCACGCCGGGCGGCGCGGACGGCCUGGCCAUGCUGCCCUCCAGCGUCUCCGAGGAGCUGGUCCUCUCCACCACCCUGGACGGCGGCCGGAAGCUCCCGGAGGCCGCCAUGAACUUCGACCCUGACUGCUUCCUCAACAACCCGAAGCAGGGCCAGACGUACGGGGGCGGGGGCCUCAAGGCCGAGCUGGUGCGGCACUCGCCGCCCGCGGAGCGGCCCUUCGGCUUCACCCCCGUCCUCGCCAAGGAGAUCAAGACGGAGGACACGUCCUUCGAGCAGCAGAUGGCCAAGGAGGCGUACUCCUCCACGGCGGCCGCGGCCGGCGCCCUGGGCCUGAGCGCGGGCCCCGGGCUGCUGCCCUCGGGCGGCGGCCUGAGCCCCAGCACCACCCUGGAGCAGAUGGAUUUCAGCGCCAUCGACUCCAACAAGGACUACGCGUCCGGCUUCAGCCAGACGGGCCACAGCCCCCACAUCCACCAGACCCCCUCCCCCAGCUUCUUCCUGCAGGACGCCGGCAAGCCCCUCCCGCUGGAGCAGGGCGCCCAUGGCAGCCUGAGCGACUCGGGGGGCGCCUUCGUGAUGCCCACGGUGAAAACGGAGGCGCCCGCGCAGGCCAGCUCCUGCAGCGGCCACGUGGAGCCGCGGGGAGAGCCCGCCCCGGCCCUCCACCUCAUGCAGUUCCAGGCCAGCUUCCAGGCCAUGGCCGCGGACGGGGAGGUCACCAUGGAGACCUCGCAGGUGGCCGAGGGGGGCGAGGGCCUGAUCAAGUCCGGGGAGCUGCAGGCCUGCGGCUCCGAGCACUACCUGCAGCCCGAGACCCCCGGGGUGAUCCGCAGCACGGCCGGCGUCCCCCUCCUCCCGGGGAGCGUGGUGCAGGGGCUGUACCCCGUGGCCCAGCACGGCCUGGGCAACGCCUCCAACAUGGAGCUCAGCCUGGACCACUUUGACAUCUCCUUCGGCAACCAGUUCUCCGACCUGAUCAACGACUUCAUCUCCGUGGAGGGGGGCGGCGGCGCCCUCUACGGGCACCCGCUGGUGGCGGGCGACGGCGCGGCGCUCUCGCAGGCGGAGGACGGGGCCCGCGCCCCCUUCGCCCAGGCCGAGAUGUGCAUCCCCUGCUGCAGCCCCCAGCAGGGCGGCCUGCAGCUCGGCGGCGAGGGCGGGGCCGGCGCCAUGGCCUACAUGCACGUCGCCGAGGUGGUCUCGGCCGCCUCGGCCCAGGGCACCCUGGGGAUGCUGCAGCAGAGCGGACGCGUGUUCAUGGUGACUGACUAUUCCCCGGAGUGGUCCUACCCGGAGGGAGGAGUGAAGGUUCUCAUCACAGGCCCGUGGCAAGAAGCCAGCAAUAACUACAGCUGCCUGUUCGACCAGAUCUCAGUGCCUGCGUCCCUCAUCCAGCCCGGAGUGCUGCGCUGCUACUGCCCAGCCCACGACACUGGCCUCGUGACCCUACAAGUUGCCUUCAACAACCAGAUCAUCUCCAACUCCGUGGUGUUCGAGUACAAAGCCCGGGCCCUGCCCACGCUCCCCUCCUCGCAGCAUGACUGGCUGUCACUAGACGAUAACCAGUUCAGGAUGUCCAUCCUGGAGCGGCUGGAGCAGAUGGAGCGGAGGAUGGCGGAGAUGACGGGGUCCCAGCAGCACAAGCCGGGGAGCGCAGGAGGCAGCAGUGGCGGGGGCGCCAGCAGCGGGACCGGCGGAAGUCAAGCCCAGUGCCCCCCGGGCCCCGGCACACUGGGCAGCUGCUUCGAGAGCCGCGUGGUGGUCGUGUGCGAGAAGAUGAUGAGCCGGGCCUGCUGGGCCAAGUCCAAGCACCUGAUCCACUCGAAGACCUUCCGUGGGAUGACGCUCCUGCACCUGGCGGCUGCGCAGGGCUACGCCACCCUCAUCCAGACCCUCAUCAAGUGGCGCACAAAGCACGCGGACAGCAUCGACCUGGAGCUGGAGGUGGACCCCUUGAACGUGGACCACUUCUCCUGCACCCCCCUGAUGUGGGCGUGCGCCCUCGGGCACCUGGAGGCCGCCGUCGUGCUGUACAAGUGGGACCGGCGGGCCAUCUCCAUCCCCGACUCCCUGGGGAGGCUGCCUCUGGGCAUCGCCCGGUCGCGGGGUCAUGUGAAGUUGGCCGAGUGUCUCGAGCACCUACAGAGAGGGGAGCAGGCUCCGCUGGGACAGAGCCCCCGAAUCCACUGUCCCCCGAGCGAAGAGCCCCACGCGGACGGCUGGAUGGCCCAAUGGCACGGCGAGGCCAUGGCCUCCCCCGAGAUCCCCAAAGCCGUCACCGUCAUCGCAAGCACCAAUCCCGAGCUGAGAAGACCUCGGUCUGAACCCUCUAAUUACUACAGCAGUGAGAGCCACAAAGAUUAUCCAGCUCCCAAAAAGCAUAAAUUGAACCCCGAGUCCUUCCAGGCGAGGCAGGAGGAGCUGCUGUCCACUGCACUGAGCCUGGAGCAGCCCAGGAUCAGGAAGCAGAGCCCUAGUUCUAAGCAGGCCGCCCCCGAGACCCUCAGCCCCAGGGGAGGCGCGAGGGCCUGCAGCCGGGCGCCCUCCCCUCCCUCCCCGGAGCCGGCGGGACCCCGAGCCGCGGCGGCCCAGCCCCAGCCCGUCGUGAGGUGGAGUCCCAAAGAUGUUUCCAUUGGUGUGUCCACAGUGCAGGCGACGGGCAGCCCGAAGGGGACCAGUGUAGGAAAGGAGGCAGCACCUGCACAGGUGCGACCACGGGAGCCCAUGAGCGUGCUGAUGAUGGCUAGCCGAGAGGUGCCGCACGCGGAGCCGGGGCCCUACCGGGACAGCGCCGAGGCCGAGGACGGCCCGCAGCCCAUGGACGACGUGCAGGUGAACAUGAUGACGCUGGCGGAGCACAUCAUCGAGGCCACACCCGAGCGCAUCAAGCAGGAGACCUUCGAGCCCGUGGAACCCGCGGCCCUGGAGCGGGCAGAGGCGGCCACCGUCAGCAGCACCAUGAGCUGGCUGGCCAGCUACCUGGCCGACGUGGAGCACCUGCCCAGCGCUGCCCACAUCAGAAGCGCGUAUGGCGAGCCUCUGACCCCCGCCUCCCACACCAGCCUGAGCCCCGGCGGCUCUCCAGCCAGCGACACGGCCUUCGAGCGGCCCGGCCUGCCCUCGGCGGCCGACUGGUCGGAGUUCCUGAGCGCGUCCGGCAGCGAGAAGGUGGAGAACGAGUUCGCGCAGCUCACCCUGUCCGACCACGAGCAGCGCGAGCUCUACGAGGCCGCCAGGCUGGUGCAGACGGCCUUCCGGAAGUACAAGGGCCGACCCUUGCGAGAACAGCAGGAAGUGGCUGCUGCCGUCAUCCAGCGCUGCUACCGGAAGUACAAACAGUACGCGCUGUAUAAGAAGAUGACCCAGGCCGCCAUCCUGAUCCAGAGCAAGUUCCGCAGCUACUACGAGCAGAAGAAGUUCCAGCAGAGCCGGCGCGCGGCCGUGCUCAUCCAGAAGUUCUACCGCAGCUACCGGAGGUGCGGCCAGCGGCGGCCGGCGCGCCGGACCGCGGUCAUCGUGCAGCAGAAGCUCAGGAGCAGUUUGCUAACCAAAAAGCAGGACCAGGCUGCUCGGAAGAUAAUGAGGUUUCUACGGCGCUGUCGCCACAGAGUGAAAGAAUUGAAAAGGGCCAAGGAACUUGAAGACACACAGCAGCAUCCCUUAGCAAUGUGA